GGCGCGUAGGCUCUUGUAACGUUCCCAGCGCGGCGUUUGAAUUCGGGGAGGAGCGGAGCGGAGCCUCUGCAGCGACCCUUCCCGGUGCGCCGAGCAACUCUGGGACCAUGAAUGCAGCGGCGACUGCGGGGAAGCUGGCGCGGACACCGGCCGAGCCGGGAAAAGCCGGGGUCCCUGGAGUUGCAGCUUCUGGGGCCUCAGCGGCUGCCCCGCCGGCCAAAGAGAUCCCAGAGGUCCUGGUGGACCCACGCAGCCGGCGGCGUUAUGUGCGGGGCCGAUUUCUGGGCAAAGGCGGCUUUGCCAAGUGCUUCGAGAUCUCGGACGCCGACACCAAGGAGGUGUUCGCCGGCAAGAUCGUACCCAAGUCUCUGCUGCUCAAGCCGCACCAGAAGGAGAAGAUGUCCAUGGAGAUUGCCAUUCACCGCAGCCUCGCCCACCAGCACGUCGUCGGUUUCCAUGGCUUUUUUGAGGACAGCGACUUCGUGUUCGUGGUGCUGGAGCUCUGCCGCCGGAGGUCUCUUCUGGAGCUGCACAAGAGGAGGAAAGCGCUGACCGAGCCCGAGGCCCGCUACUACCUGCGGCAGAUCAUCCUGGGCUGUCAGUACCUGCACCGGAACCGUGUCAUUCACAGGGACCUGAAGUUGGGCAACCUCUUUCUGAAUGAGGAUCUGGAGGUGAAAAUAGGGGAUUUUGGACUGGCAACCAAAGUGGAAUAUGAUGGAGAACGGAAGAAGACUUUGUGUGGGACUCCAAAUUACAUAGCUCCCGAGGUGCUGAGCAAGAAGGGGCACAGUUUCGAGGUGGAUGUGUGGUCCAUCGGCUGUAUCAUGUAUACCUUGCUAGUGGGCAAGCCACCUUUUGAGACCUCUUGCCUAAAAGAGACCUACCUCCGGAUCAAGAAGAAUGAGUACAGUAUUCCCAAGCACAUCGGCUCUGUGGCUGCCUCCCUCAUCCAGAGGAUGCUACAAACAGACCCCACCGCCCGCCCCACCAUUCAGGAGCUGCUGGACGAUGAGUUCUUUACCUCUGGCUACAUCCCUGCCCGCCUCCCCAUCACUUGCCUCACCAUCCCUCCGAGGUUUUCCAUCGCUCCCAGCAGCCUGGACCCCAGCAACCGGAAGCCUCUCACAGUGCUCAAUAAAGGCACAGAGAACCCCAUGCCUGAGCAUCCCCGGGAAAAGGAGGAAGUAGUGGUUCGAGAGACAAGCGAGGCAGUGGAGUGUCACCUUGGUGACAUGGUGAAGCAGUUGCACAGCGUCAAUGCCUCCAAACCCUCAGAGCGGGGCCUGGUGAGGCAAGAGGAGGCCGAGGAUCCUGCCUGCGUCCCUAUCUUCUGGGUCAGCAAAUGGGUGGACUAUUCAGACAAGUAUGGCCUUGGCUAUCAGCUGUGUGACAACAGUGUGGGGGUGCUCUUCAACGACUCCACCCGCCUCAUUCUCUACGAUGAUGGCGAAAGUCUACAGUACAUAGAGCGGGAUGGUACCGAGUCCUACCUCUCUGUGAAUUCCCACCCCAGCUCCUUGACAAAGAAGAUCACCCUCCUCAAGUAUUUCCGCAACUACAUGAGCGAGCACUUGCUGAAAGCGGGUGCCAACAUCACGCCCCGGGAGGGCGAUGAGCUGGCCCGCCUUCCCUACCUGCGAACCUGGUUCCGCACACGCAGCGCAAUCAUCCUGCACCUCAGCAAUGGCACCGUGCAGAUCAACUUUUUCCAGGACCACACAAAACUCAUCCUGUGUCCUCUGAUGGCGGCCGUGACCUACAUCGAUGAGAAGCGGGACUUCCGCACAUACCGCCUGAGCCUGCUGGAGGAACAUGGCUGUUGCAAGGAGCUGGCCAGCCGGCUGCGCUAUGCCCGCACCAUGGUGGACAAGCUGCUGAGUUCCCGCUCUGCCUGUAACCGCCUCAAGGCUUCCUCCUAGGCCCCUGCCUCGGGACUGGUGCCCCUUUGCUCCCUGGCCCUAGUGGGCCCCCAUGGGUGGGGCGGCUGUAAGUUAUUUUGUACAUGUGCGGGUGUGGCUUUUCUAGCCUCUGCCCCGGCCCUUGGCACACUGUUUGAAUUGUACAGAG